AUGUUAAUCCAAAUAGCGAGCCGAGUUCAACGCAAUCGCGGCGAGUCUCCAGUGAAUCUCCAUUCCUGUAAAAGUGGAGAUCUUUUAACAAAAACAUUGAAAACCUUAGAUCACAGUCGUCAACUCAAUGAAAUAAGUAUUGGAUCUGAUGAUGGUAUCAAUGAGAUAGACAAAUUAAGAAAACGGUUUCAAGAAUCAGUAGAGAUACUGGAAAAUCCGGACGUUAAUUCAAUAGCCGACGAUUACACGCAACGUAUGUUAGUGUUGGAGAAAAAAUUCCAGCAGGCAAUCAGAGAGUGCGAUUUGCUCAAAGACGAGGUCGAGAAUCUGAAAAAGGAAUUAUCAGACUUGUCUUCAUCACUCAACGCGGAAAAAGGUGAGAUAAUCAAACAGCUGAGAGAAGAGGGCGAAAAGUUGAGCUAA